AUGUCCUCAAAGCCAAAAAUUUAUAUGUCCGAUGGACAGGCUCUUGAAUCUCCUCCACUCGCCGUCCGCAUCAAUCGUUUUCUCGAGAAUGUCUAUGUCUUUCUAGGCCUAUAUUUUGUUAGCCUUUUCUCACUUGACCCGUAUGGCGCCGCGGAGAGUUCACAUUUCAAUAUCUCCCAUGCUCAAAACCAUCUCGACACCCGAUCGCGCUGGGGAAAUGGUGGCUACGGCUCUGGAGGUGGCGGGGGUGGAGGUGGAGGCGGAGGCGGCCCCGGCGGUGGAUCUGGACCUAGGAGGAUCGGUCGGGUGGAUGAUAUUCGAGGACCGGAGUGUAAAAGCUGUAAAUGA